AUGUCGUGGAACCUGCAGCACCGCACCUCCAAGUUCCGGCACGUGUACGGCAGACCUGCCAGUAAGGAGAAGUGCUAUGACUGCGUGCCCAUCACCCACAAUGUCCAGGACAACCAGUUCUGUGCUGUAAAUCCCCACUUCAUUGCGGUGGUGACUGAGUGUGCGUGUGGGGGGGCCUUCGUUGUCAUUCCCAUACACCAGACAGGCAAGCUUGACCCACAUUAUCCCAGAAUAUGGGGGCACAGAGGGAAUGUUCUGGACAUCAAGUGGAACCCAUUCAAUGACUUUGUAAUAGCUUCAUGUUCGGAAGAUGCCACAGUGAAAAUCUGGGAGAUCCCCAAGCCCUUGCUAACACAAACCAUUACCAGUCCAAAGAAGGAACUUCUUGGGCAUGUUCGAAGAGUUGGUCUCAUUGAAUGGCAUCCCACUGCUAAUAACAUCCUCUUCAGCUCUGGGUAUGAUUACAAGAUAAUGAUCUGGAACCUUGACACCACAAAGGCUGUCAUCUCAAACCCAGUGAAGAUCGUCAGUGCUCACAGAGAUGUGGUCCUUUCCAUGUCAUUCAACACAGAUGGCAGUCUCCUUGCCACAGCCUGCAGGGACAGAAAGAUACGUCUGAUAGACCCUCGUGCAGGAACAGUCCUACAGGAAACCAGCCACAACUCGCACAAAGCCAAUAAAGUCUUGUUCCUUGGAAACAUGAAGAAACUGAUCUCUACUGGAACAUCUCGGUGGAAUAAUAGGCAAAUUGCAUUAUGGGAUCAAGAUGACCUUUCUGUGCCUUUACUGGAGGAGGAUCUGGAUGGCGCCUCAGGAAUCCUGUUUCCCUUCUAUGACUCAGACACACACAUGCUUUAUGUGGUGGGAAAGGGUGAUGGAAAUAUACGGUACUAUGAGAUAAGCCCUGAGAAACCAUACCUGUACUACCUGAUGGAAUAUCGUUCUCAUUUACCACAGAAAGGAAUGGGAAUGAUGCCAAAGAGAGGGCUUGAAGUGUCAGCUUGUGAAAUCUUCCGUUUCUACAAACUAAUACCAACUAAAAGCCUGAUUGAGCCCAUCUCCAUGAUUGUGCCUCGACGGUCGGAGUCAUACCAGGAAGACAUCUACCCCUUGACCACAGCAGCCCAGCCAGCACUGACAGCACAAGAGUGGCUGAAUGGAGUUAACAGAGGACCUCUCUUGGUAUCCUUGAGACCAGGCUCUGGAGCUGUGAAUUCCUUACCAAAGUUUCCUGAGCCAGAGCCACUUGUGACGACUGCUGACCUGAGGCAGCACCAGGGUUGGGGAGGAAAGAUGCCGCUGGAGGACAUGCAGGAGGGAAGUGAGAUUCAACAUAGAAGAAAACUUCUCAGAGUGGAGGAGAAAUUGCCAAAAAAUGCGCAAAUGUGCCUCUCCAGUAGCUUUGAUGUAUUUGAGUGUCCACCACCCAGAACAGAAAAUGAGCUUUUGCAGAUGUUUUACCGACAACAGGAAGAAAUCCGUAGACUACGUGAGCUGGUAAACCAGAGAGAUGUCCAAAUUAAACAGAUGAAGCUGGAGGGUGGAAACUUCUCUAUGGACACAGACAGUUACUGA